AUGGGAAAUUCUCAAACAAAAGAGUCCCGGCCCCCGGCGCCGCGAUCCCGGAGUCAACAGUUGUCGACAGGUGGUUCGGAUACCCCGGGUCGCGCUGUGUAUCAAAGUUCUCGGUCGGGAAGAGGUAGCAGCAGGCCUGAUCUAUCGCUUCUUGGAAUUGGUAGCAGUCAUCAUGAUCGCGAGGUCGCAACUUUGGAACACCGCCGCGAAACCAAACAGGAACGGGAGGCCCGUCGGUUGGAGAAAGAACGGGCUGCUCGAAUCAAAGAGCGAGAACGCAGUAUGAAAGAUGAACAUGUCGACGGAGGCUAUCUAGUGACACAGGGCGUGUACGUGGGAACCGAGGACUUUGACAAGGGUCAAGUCCGGCAACUGAUGAUUGAACGUCGGUUGGCUCCGUUCUGGAAGGGAUUAGACGACGUCUCCGAGUCAUGGGCAGAACAUCAGCUUAUGGCCGCGGCUCGUGGCAUGGAAAUUCCGCCAGCAGACGAGAUUCCACCUGAGUUACAAUAUACCCCACCCAAAGCAACAGCAAUCAAGGAGUCCGCGGAUGCCACGAAUAUCCAAAACCUCACAGUCCCAAUUACUUCUCGCUCUCAAUCCUUCAACUCGGACGUAUCGCACAGUUCCAAUCCCGCCCAGUCAUUACCCUCAGCAUCUCCACUCGGUACAUCGGCUUCGCGAAAUCUUCGGCACCGUGCAAAAACUUUAUCAACAGUCAUGUCGUCUAAGAAUUCCUCACGGGCUGAAACUCCACCAAGAGAGUACCAACUUCCCAAAGAUCCAUUCGUUAACGGCCAACCCAUCGAGGUCUACCUAUACAAAGAUGCAAGCGAAUGCCCCAUUUGCUUUCUAUACUAUCCUCCAUACCUAAAUCGCACUCGUUGCUGCGACCAACCCAUCUGUUCUGAAUGCUUUGUGCAAAUCAAGCGCCCCGACCCACACCCCCCAGAGCAUGGAGAGCCAGAUGCCAAUGCCUCAGCUCCAGCUGAGGGAGUGCAGGGAGCGCAGGGAGCGCAAGAAGAACAAGAGUCGCAGCUUGUCUCUGAACCAUCUGCAUGCCCCUUCUGCGUUCAGCCAGAGUUUGGAGUUACAUACGCUCAACCUCCUUUCCGUCGGGGCCUUACCUAUACUGUUGCUCCCCACUCCAGCGCCCGUCUAUCUCCAAAUAUCACUUCUCCCGUAUCCUCUAAUUCCUCCUUAUCUUCUGCAAAUAUCGGCGUCAUUCCAGGUCGUCGCCGCGCCACGUCCUUAUCCGCUACCGACCCCUCGGUGGUCACUACUGAUAGGAUUCGGCCGGAUUGGUUCCACAAGCUGACCUCCGCCCGAUCUCAUGCAGCACGCCGAUCCGCUGCUGCGACCGCUUUGCACACUGCAGCAUACCUGAUGAAUUCCGGCAAUGGGGAGUCUCGUGGCCUUUCAAGCUUAGGGCGAAGAGGCAUGCGUAGGGCGACCCAGGGAGAUACUAGUGGCCGAACUAGCUCGCCGGCACUCAACGCGCUUGCAUUUUUGACCGAACGACCCGACCGAACACCUCCGCGUGCACCCGAGACCGAUUCUGCAGAGGAAGGUGCAGGGAAUAUUGCGCCGCCACGGGACAGCUCAAGGCGAACCCGAAUCGACGAUUUGGAGGAAAUGAUGAUGAUGGAGGCUAUUCGACUAAGUCUGGCUAGUGAGGAGGAUCGCUUGAGGAGAGAAGAGAAAGAGGCACGAAAAGAUGCUAAGAAGCGGGAGAAGGAAGCAAAGAAGGCAGAUAAGGUCGCUCGCAAGACUGGACUCUAUAGUAACAAUGCCAGUACAAGUGCUUUGGAAACUUUUGGCGAGACGUCUCUCUCGAAGGUUGGCAGCGGUUCUACCAUCGGUGAAGAAGCUUCUGUACCGGGCAAGGGCAAAGGCGUUGAACGUGUUUCCCCAGCGAACCCGACUGCUCCUUCAGCCUCCAGUGCGUCUACCCAUGCGGAACAAACGCCGGUUAUUGCCGAAGAAGUCAUCGCCGAAGAGACUACCGCUGGAGAGCCUACUGUCGUUGAACCAUCACAGUCAUCAAGUCUUCGUCGUGAGCCAAGCGCCUCUUCAUCUCUAUCUUCCAAGAUGGAACACACGCCAGAGGAACGCUCGACAGGUCAUUCUUCCCCAGAUGGAACCAAUGCUUCUCUUGAGCCCAUGUUCAACUUUCGCAGCUUGGCCGCGGUGAUCGGUGAUGAAGAGAAGAACCAUGAAUCCGAGCAUGUAGAGCAUGCCGCUCAAAACCAACCAGAAGGCUCUUCAAGUGCUACCCCCAGUGCUACUCCAUCGGUCCACCAGCCGACGACAGAUUCUGCGACGUCUGAGACCACCCCCGUCGUGGAUCCUGAGGCAGACUCUGAAGGAACUAGCGUCCUACCGAAGGAGCUUGAAACUCGCUCAGUAGAAAUCACCAAUGCUGAAACUCACACUGAGACCACUUCAUAA